GUUGGCAGGUCUUUUGCGGUCACCUCGUGUUUUUGUUGGAUUAUAUCAUUAUCACUCCGGGAAUUUCUCUACGCUUCUUGAUUUAGUUUCUAUUCAAGAUGUCGCAGACGGUCGGAAAGACCCGUCUUGCCUACUCUCGAGCAUGGCACUAUGUCGAUGCCGGAUCUGACCCUCGCUCCCUCGGCCGUCUGGCCUCAUCGAUUGCCCUCGUUCUCAUGGGCAAGCACAAGCCGAUCUACGAUCCCUCGACAGAUUGCGGUGACUACGUGGUCGUCGCCGGCUGUCACGACCUCCGGACAACCGGCAAGAAGCGUUUCCAGAAGAUGUACUAUACCCACACGACUCGCCCCGGUAGCCUGAGGAGCAUGACUAUGGAUCAGAUGUUUGCGAAGUGGGGUGGUGGUGAAGUUCUGCGCCGCGCAGUCAAGGGCAUGUUGCCCAAGAACCGGCUGCAGGAGCCGCGGUUGGCUCGUCUGAAGACUUUCGAGGGCCUCGCGCAUCCUUACAAGGAGAACAUCGUCAAGUUCGGCAACAAAUCGAUCUUGGGCCAGCCCGAGGUCCAAGCUGCCUUCAAGGAGGCCAAGCCAUCCGCAUAGACACCUACCCUUUCUCUCUUCUGUCUCGUCGUCUACAACUUGAAUACCGGGUUCCAGCCCGGAUCUGUCCGUGUACUGUAAAUUAUUUUUCUGCGUUAUGAUCCAAACCGCAAGCGCAUGGGUGUGGAGUCCAAUAUUUGGGAAUGACCUUUUUAUCUAUCUUUUUUGUUUUCUGACAUCCCUGUUCUAACUACCUUGACCUUUCUUGCGCUAUGUUCAUUCCCACUGGCAUGUAUUUAUAGCAAAGCAAAAUCAUAUUGGAAGUAGAAAAAAUGUGUUCCAAGGUGACAUUGAGUCGUGUCGCGGCACGCCCAUUGGGAUAUAUAGACAUGACAUUAUGUACAGAAAAGCAGCAUGCUAGAAACUCCAAACUCGGGCAUUCCCGAUCUACAGGCGGGCCUUCGGGCCGGAGCGGGCCACGGUGCACUUGAUGAGA